AUGUCAACGAAAAACAAAUUGUCUGGCUACGGCUUGAUUCUUGCUUCUUCCGCCGGACUUUUCGCUUCUUUGGCUUCUCUUUCUGUCAAACUCGCUGUCACAGAUGAAACCGUAAAAGAAAUUUGUCAAAUACUCAAUGCUUUAUCCGAUAUUAUAAACUGGCCGUUAUUGUCUUCCACGUGUUCUGAGGUUCUCAUCUGUGUAUUAAGAGUUUGCUGUUUCUGCCUUAUGUUUGCAUUCAAUACAUUAAUGUGGACAACAUUUACAAAAUCUCUUCACUAUUUUACAUCAACAGUUGAAGCCUCAGCCACAAAUACUGCCUGUAAUUUCACUUUCUCAGCUAUUUUUGGCUGGUUAUUCUUUAAUGAAAAUCUUCCAUUACAAUGGUGGAUUGGUUGCCUGUGCAUCGUGAUUGGCCUUUAUUUGAUUCAGUCAGGAAACACAAAAACACACCCUUUGCAAGAAAACAAAGCAAAAAUCAAUUAA